UGCAGGGUGUGCUGCAGAGGUGAGCGUUUCUCCACUUAGGAAAAUGCUGAUGAGCAGCCGUGGAUUUCCAAAACUUUUUAUCCCAAUACGAGCUUUAUUUUGAAUAAUCAAGGAGACAGACGGCAGCUGGAGCAGCACAAACUGUUUGUCUGUCUGAGAUAUUAAGAUGAGCGCAGACACGGUGGAGCACUCGGAGGCUUCAGCUGAACAGGCAGAACAAAACGGGAUCGACUUCAAUCGACAAAUUAAGACAGAGGACAUCAACGACUCACCUCAUUCAGCCUCCACACUGAAGACAUGUCACCUGACACAGAGCUUGGCGAUGCCUGGAGGUCAGCUGACUGGGGAGCUCACCUCUCUCCACACCAUGCAGCAGCUGGUUCUGAUGCCACCGUCUCAUCUGUCAUCUCCCUCCCCCUUUCUGCUCUCCCAGAGCCCCACCACUCACCCAGCCCUUCUGCAGCAGAACAUGCUGUCCCUCCCUGGCCAGAGUCAAACUAAUCUCCUUCAGCAUCAACCUGGACUGGCUCUGACUCCACAGGCUAUGAAUCGCUCUGGUCUGGCAGGACCGUCUAUGGAGAACCACAUGGACAUGUCCCACCUGCAGAUGCCCAAACACAUGUCAGUACCACCACAGGAAGAACCCAGUGAUCUGGAAGAACUGGAACAGUUUGCUAAAGCAUUUAAACAAAGACGGAUCAAACUGGGCUUCACCCAGGGAGAUGUGGGCCUUGCGAUGGGAAAACUGUAUGGGAAUGAUUUCAGCCAGACCACAAUCUCUCGCUUCGAGGCUCUCAACCUCAGCUUCAAAAACAUGUGCAAGCUCAAGCCUCUGCUGGAGAAAUGGCUGAGUGACGCAGAGAACUCACCUUCUGACUCGAUGAGCAACACUACCUCUCUGACACCUCUGAUCGAGGGCUACGGGCGCAAGCGAAAGAAGAGGACAAGCAUUGAAACAAACAUCAAGAUGACUCUUGAGAAACGUUUCAAUGAUAACCCCAAGCCCAACUCCGAGGAGAUAACCAUGAUCUCAGAGCAGCUGUCCAUGGAGAAGGAGGUGGUUCGAGUUUGGUUCUGUAAUCGGCGUCAGAAAGAGAAGAGGAUCUACUGCCCUUUGUCUACUUUAUCGGUCAAAUCACACAGCUACAACUCCAGAAUGGCCUCAGCGUCCAGAUCCUACAGCCCUCUGGCUUCAGGUGGAGUUUCAUCAAAUUCCUCUCCAAACAGUGUAAGCCGUGAAGAUUCUCCCAACAGUCUGUCCACAGCCUCCAUCUCUUUAGCUUCUCAGGUCAACCCAGCUUCCUACAGCACACCAGGGACCUGGUACCGCACAUGGAAUCCUGCAGCAUAUCAUCACUGAGAAACAUGAACUGUAUCAUAUGAAGCUUUUGAAGAUUGUUUUGUUUGAGAAGGAUGUACACUGAACACAAUACCUGUUACCCUGUUACUGUUAACAAGGUAACAACUACAGUACAGGCUUAGAAUUAAAUGGACUCAUAAGAUAAUACAGCUGCACAAGCAGAGGACUGAAACACACCACACUGCUGUCAACACUCAAGCUCACGCAAGUCCUAACAGCCUCAAGCUGUUUGAUUUGUGUUCAUGUGACUCUUUACGCUGCGUAGAUCGGCUGCAAAGAUGAAGAAUACACAGAAAAACACACACAUGACAGAUAUCAUAAACACUUGUGGGAAUGUUAGAUUUAUAAAUGUCAAGACUAAUCUGUUUGAAUGUUGAAGGAUUCGGGUCCAGAUUCACUAAAAUUGUGUGCCAAGCUGUUCCUUUUGCCAUCUUUAUGCUGCACUACAAUGAUCUCAGUUGUUGCUGUUAUUAUAUGUUUUCAUAUUCAUAUUAUAGUUAAUGUUGUGUUAGUGAAUUCAAUGCAAUCCUACAUUGUGUACUGCUAGGCUGUCUAAAUAAAUAUGCAGUCAAAACAAAGGAAUUUCAUAGGACUUUCAUCUGCAUGUUCACGACUGGUUAAAAAAGGCCUUAUAUGAGUGAACAGAACAGCUUUUGAUUUGGUUAUGCUAGUUAUUUAAAGGAUAGAUCUGUUUUAUUACAACUUGGGUCUUAUUAUUGCAGUUUUGGCCAUCGUUUCAUUUGUACUUACCAAAGUACUAGUUGAGAUCUGGGAACAUGGCGACAUAAUGACAACAAAGAUCGACGGGUCAAGAAACCUGAUGAGACAGACUGUAAAAAAAAUAGUUUAUGAAGAUUAUUGAAAUCACUAUAUUUGGUGGUAAAACCAAAAGCGACCUCAAGUGUUGCAAAUAAUCCGUCAUUGCACAAGUGCUAAGUAGGUCAAAAUUGAACUAAAUCUGUCUGUAAACUGUGAUGGAUGUUUACAACGGACAGUUUGGUUAAUUAUUUUAUCGUCCCCUUUUGUUUUCUAUUCCAAAAUAAGUUUGACUAGCCUCAGGAUUUGUUUACAACCUGUCCGAUCAUCUGCUCAUGUUUCUUGACCUGUUGGACUUCUUUUUAGCAAAGUUGCUGUUUGUUCCCAGAUCUCAGGAUUUAACGUAGUGAGUUAAAUCCUGGUUAUUAUUACUGAUAGGAAUGAUGGACCCAAGAUGUAAUAAACCAGAAUUUGAAACCCCUGAAAACAACAUUUUCUGUUGUUAAAGUUAUAACUCUUUUGGUUAUUUCACAUGAGACAAGUCAAGUCAAAACUGUUUAUAGCUGUUCCACACUCAAAGGCAGGAAGAAAAGCCUGCCAUCAUAGCCUCCUCCUGGCUGCAUACCACUGCCUCUCAGAUCUCUCUCCAGAAAUAUCUGUCUUUUGUGUCACCUUGUAGUCUUGAUGUGAUGAAUUGUAAAAAUAAUAAUGGUGCACACUUCCGGUGACUCUCUCCUCCAAGGCACUCAUGGUGUUAGACUUUUUUUGUACACACAAAUAGUUGUGUGAAGAGUGAAAAAAGAGAUCUUGAGAGAGGUUUACGCCCACGUUUCAACCUGGAGGUCCAACCUUCUCCAGCCUUGAGUCUGAAGUUGAGAAAAGCCGAUCAACGGCUUCCACAGUCAAUGUGAUAUAACUUUAACGAGCUACUGGAAUUUUAAUAAGAAUAAAAAUGUGUGAAACAUGUUUUCUGAAAUUAACUACAUCAUCUUCAUUGUGUGCGAGUACUGUCAACAGGAGAAAAUAACUUCCCAAUGGGAGCUUAGUAUGUAAAUUACAUGCUUAAUGGUAAACACACCCACACCUUCACGCUUGUGAGAGGCAAGAGGAAGCCUGCUACUUUGUGCCUGUAUGUGUGAACAGGGCGUUAAGUUCAAACCCUGCCUACUUUCACAACUUGGCCAACCUGGCCAAUCGCUGCAUAAAGUGCAUGUCUGUUUCAAAAAGUUACAAAAACUGUCAAAUGCAGCCCUACUGUCGUAAAGGAGGUUUCAGACGCUGAUCAAACAAACAGCUCAUUUAAAGCAUGCUGAGGCCUUUAGUGCUCUAAAAUGUCUCCUGUCUGAGUUAGUUACUGCCGUAAGAUAAAUUUGAUUUGGCAGUUGUAGUUCAUGUCUGAGUUAUGUCACCUGCUGGAGUGUGUUUUCAUUGAUGUAAUCUUAUUUGAUGGCCUGUCACUCAGCAGUGUGACUCAGCUUAGAGAUUGGUUCUGUCAGCUUUGCUGUUAACCGCAGAGGUCAUCUGGUUAAAGGAUAAGGCUGGCGAUAUUAAUUAUUUUUGUUAUUGUCAAUAUUUUUAGAUUUCCCUACCCUGUCUGUGGCUCUCAGCCCCAAGACCAUUGGCUCCUACUGAAAAUUUAAAUCUGUAUAUAUAGUUUCACUUUUGAUAAAGGCUCAGUAAUUUCCUGAAACAGCUGGGCACUGUAAUGUUUAACAAACAUUUCUCAAACAGGAGUAAACUUUGAAUUUGUUAGGGACUAUUUUCAGCCAUGGAUUAAUACACAUUCGGUGCACUAGUGAGUAUUUCCAGCAGCAGGGCAGUGUACGUGGGACUGACUCAAAAUAAACUACUCGGGCCAUGUUAAUGGUAAUGAAGGAACAUAUCACCCGGUGCAAUGGUGUGGUUCAUUGAUGUGUUUUUAAUGGUUUUUGGACAACAACAGCUUUACUGCACAGAGGAAUAAGAUAUAUCAGGUUUUGGCUACACAGGAAAUACUUGCUAGUAGGAUCUGUUCAUUGUUGGUUUUGGUGUUUUCAUGGGAUUUGUUGACAAUAAGAAAAAUACAGAAUAUCACCAGACCACCAUUCCUUUAAUCUGGAUGUGAUGAGAGAAAAUGUUGACCUCUGCUGGUCCAAGCCAGAGCUUCUGUUUACUUUGUCUCUUAUUUCCUGCUGUAGGUUGUUGUUCUGUUUAAUACAUUCACUCAUAAAACUGCCUUUCACACCUCAAGUAAAGGUCUGGCUACUCUCAUUUGUUUGGUUGUUUAGUGAUCCUUUUUUAAAAAUUAAUUUCUGUUUUAGUGUCCAUUGUAUAUUGUAUUUUAUUUUAAAGAAAUGUUUUGCAGUGCUACGAUUCUCAUACUGAACUAACUCAUCCAUCAAAUAAAACCAAACACUAUAAUUUUGACGUUAUAUAAUGUUAUAUAAUAUUAAAGUAAGUACUUUUUUAAAGUAAAGAAAAAAGUGAAGUUUUUACUGAUGUAACUGAAGCUAACAUGGUGAAGGCUGAAAGUGCCAUAUGAUCCUCUGAGUUUCAAGGAAUCAUUUGUCUUUACCUCUAACUAAAAGGACCUUUAUAAACUUGUAUUUACUGUCAUUAAAUAGUGGAUGACCAUGUGUGUCAUGGGUUUUGUUUUCUUUCUUUUAAAUGAUGUAAAUAGUAAAAUCUAACUGUUGCUUCCUGUGCUAACGGCUACAUGACAGACAGUUUACUCAGUGAUUUUGAAGAGCUCACAUACUACACAGAAAAGGGAAAAUGGAAAAAGGAAGCUGAUGUUUCUUGCUUUAAAAUGUGUACUUAAUCCAACUAGCUCUCUCUAUAAAUGUUGCUGAAAUCUU